GAGGCCAUUGAAUUGGGCAUCGGUUCCAGUUCGGGAAUGGUAGGACCAUCAAAUGACCUUGUUGGUGGUGCAGCGAUUCGAAGCUUCGAAACUUCAAAACUACGACGUCUUUGAGCUCUACUUCGUUGGUGGAGCUUCAGAUCUCGUGGAUCUCCUCGUAAUCAGUGACCAGUUAAUUCUUGAUGAUGGAGGAAAGUAAAUCCGCUUCAGACUGUGGCCGUUCCAAUCGGAAUUUCAUACUUCCCAUAACUAAGCUUCAGGUUCCAUGAUAAAUAUAAUCAAUUGAAGAUUUGGGUAGUGUUUUGCUUCAUGUGAAGAUACUAUUACAUAUUCAAGGAAAUUGGUUUGGAAGAUGAAACUCUAAUCCUCCUUUUUGCCCUGCAUUUUAACAUGCAUAGUGUGGAAGAGAGGAAAUAAAGAUGGUAGCAGCUUAAUGAACCACAGAAGAUGAAGAGGAGCUUCAUUUUAAAGAACCCAAUUGCCUUCGUUUUUAUGAUUCUAUCUCUUUGUUGUGUACUUAUUGUACUCAUUACAACACUAAGACUUCCAGAGCUAACUGUAGGAUUUAAGACUGGAGCUAGGGAUAAGGUUUCAUUGAUUAGAAAGGUUCUUAAAGAUGGUAAGUUGGGCAAGUUUGGAGAAAUGAUGAUCGAAAUGUUGCCUGAGGAUCUUGCUUUUACUGUUUUUAUUCCUUCGGAGAAGGCUUUCGAGCGUGAAUUGAGUUUACGAGUGAAUGAAAGUUUCACAAGUACUGAGAAGAUGGACGAUACCUACGCCGUGAUUUCUAGAAUAUUAGGUUUCUCUGCUGUUCCUCGAACUAUUUAUUCGACAUUGGUAGAUUACGGGAGUGAGAUUUCUUAUGAUGCUGUUUCUGGAUUCACAUUGAACAUUUCCAAGGACAGAGAUGGGAGGCUCGUUGUUAAUGGGGUGAGGUCUGAAAUGGUGGAUUUAAAGAAGAAGGGUGUUCUUGUUCAUAUAAUGGAUGGUGUUAUAAUGGACGCUGCAUUUGAGCAAUCAGUAAAACCUGAUGACAAUGAAGAUUAAACAUCUGAAAAGCAGCUGCUUAUUAUUAUCCAUGUUACCUUAUGGACUCGAACCUGGGUGAUGUAACCAUGAUUAGGAUGAAGCUUAUGUGAAACUAAAUGUAGGUUCGAACCAACUGAUGUUGAAGCAUCAGCCAAUGAGUUGUGAUUAUGGGAUGAAAUGCCACUCGAACCUAGAGCUAGGUGGUUUUUCUUGAAAGAUUGUUCAUUUUUUGAGGUCUCAUAGAAAAGGGACGUAGAAACACAUACAAACUUGGAAAUGGAAAUUUUAUUAUUAUCCUUGUUAA